AUGCUGGCGCUGAUAGGCUGUGAGUCGAUGUCAAACAACAGCCCAAAUCUAUUUCCAAAAGCCAAAGUUUCCGACCAUGACUCGACUGGGCUGGACUCGAAUUUGCCAGGACACCGCACACGUAGCCAGCAAAUGAGAAAUACCCGAGACUCUGGUAUGCGUAAUCUUGUAGAUGUUGAACAAGACAAACAUCAUGAAUCCACACCUUGGCAAGACAGAUCUCCAUUGGCUUGGCAGAAUAUCAUUCUUGAACAAAUGCUGCCAAGGAUUGAAACGAUAAGCUUAAAGCCUUAUUAUUCGGCCACUUGGGCAGUUCGCAGCUGGUUUGUUGAGGCGGAAGAUGUGUAA